AUGGAUAAAAACAAGACGUCUCUACCUAAAGAUAGUAAAACCUCAAAGAAAAACCAAAUUCAACCGGUUAAAAUAGGACAAAGUAAAAGAGAGGUGACGGUAACGUACCGGCGCGGGUUGCCGGUGAUAACCGUGCCGCUGCCGUCCCGGCGCGAGCGAUGCCGCUUCACACUCCGUCCCGUCUCGCAAACCGUCGGCGACCUGUUGGAACAGGUGAAGGCAGAAGACCGCGGCGUGGAGCGCGCAGCAGCACUCGCGGCCGACGAGCGCGUGCGCAUAGCAGCCAGCGACACCAUUGAGGCGCUGCUCGAGACUGACUUCCGACUCAUCAUCAACGACACAGAGUAUUAUGUCAAGACUCCGCCUCAGGAGCGCCUAAGUCAAGAGGAGGUGACCCGGUUGAGCGACGUGCGGAACUUGGUGAACCAGCUGUAUGAGGCGCUGAACGUGAGGGAACACCAGAUACGUAAGGAGAGGGAGCUGAAGGCGCAGUUAGAGAAGCUGUCUACUGAGCUGCAGCCGCUUGAAGAGAAACGUUUGAGCCUGGAAGUGGAGACCACGCGUCGUACAUCAGCGCUCACAUGGGUAGGCCUGGGUCUCAUGGGCGUGCAGUUCGGCGUACUGGCACGUCUCACCUGGUGGGAGUACUCCUGGGAUAUCAUGGAGCCUGUUACGUACUUCGUUACGUACGGGACGGCUAUGGCCGCUUAUGCUUACUUCGUUUUGACUAAACAGGAGUACGUGUUACCGGACGUCAAAGACCGACAGCACCUGCUGACGCUGCACAAAAAGGCGAAAAAGAUCGGACUCGACAUCAACCACUACAACACUCUCAAGGACGAGAUAGCAAAACUAGAAAAAGACCUAUCCCGUCUCCGCGACCCCCUCCACAUCCACCUGCCACCCCCACUGAAGUCAGGAGACAGCGACAAACGCUCCCCCCUCUCGAAGAUCAAGGAUAUGCUGGAGGAAACCAGCAAGAAGAUGAAGAUCACGUAAUAUUGGCUGAACUUCUCGCGCCAAAUGACCAAACGGUAAGGCGCGGUACAUCGGUUGUUUACACUAAUGACCAGAUUCGCGGGCUACUGAUAAAGUAUCAGGAACUUGUCUGACAGAUAAACUGUAACUUGGUUUCUGAGGUGGAAAUAUCUGGCGGAAAUUAUAAGCGGCCUUUAUCUGGCAGAUAACUAACUGACACUUUAUCAGUCAGCAGUGAAAAUAGGGUCUUAAUAUAAUAAUGCUUGUUGAUAAAUUGUAACUAGCUUGCUCCUGCGAUGCCCACGUUGGAGAAUUUCGUAUUGUUUUUUUAAUUAGGCACGUGUUGUGAUUUGCAGGAUAGAUAAUAUAUUUCAAAUGUAUCCAGGCCUUAAUUUAAAAUAGUAUUUAUUGUUAUGCUGUAAUUAUUUUUAUGUCAACGCGCUUUUUGUCACGGGCCUUUUUUGUAAGUUAAUUAAAAAGUCGAAUAAAAUAAUGGUUGGUUCCUUUUCAAGAACUCUUAAUUUUAAUUUUUUCCUCUAUAAUGAAUAAAAAUUUCAUAUUUUUGCCUUCGUUUGACUUUAGGAAAAUAUACAAAUAUAAAAAUUAAAUUAUUUUCUUUUUAAUGUCUUAAAGUAGUAGUUAAUUUUACUAGUUUAAUUUGCGCUCAGUAAAUGGUUUCCUAAUUUAUUUGAUAAUUAAUUUAUUAAGUAAUAUUGUUUGAAGGUUUCGGUUUGAGAUGUGCAAUAACUAACAAUAUUUAGGUGCCAAUGAAUAAGGUAAUUCAAAUUGAAAAACUUCAGGGAUGUGUUUUUAACGUAGUUUUACGAGAUCUAGUCUUUUAACUAAUGUUUUUUUGUAGUUCGUUUUCUAAGUUUAAAAUUAAAAAAAAAGACACAGCGCCCUUUAGCAGAAAACAAAAAACCUUAUGUGGCCAGCACAUACUAAUUAGGGAUGAAGUUUUUAUUUAAACGUAAAAAAUAAUAUUAAAGCCUCUUUGGAUAGAUAGCAGUCGAAUUUGUACAGUGUUUUUAUUUUUUUCAGUAUUUUCAAGUCUGAAUUAUGCAUUCAUUAUUAUUUUUGUUUAGGAACGCAGUAAAAGUAGGAACUUAUUUCUUGUAUGAUUUUAUGUAUCUAAGCAUUACAAUGUUUUUCAUUUUAUAUGUUAUAGACUCGAGUAAAUAAGCGUUAAUACAUUAUUGAAAUGUAUAAAAUCCAACCUUCGUAACUUAAUGAUUUAUUUGUAACUGCAGAUUUUCAUACCAAAUCUAUCACUGGUUUUCGAUUAGAGAUGAAAAUUAGACAUAAUUUUAUAUGGAGCUAAUUCCAAAGUUUAAUCUCUGAUCGGAUAACGAUGGAUAGAUCGAUUAUGGAAAUCCAGUGUAAGUACUGAAUUGCACAAAUAGUUUUGUUUAUUUAGUGAUCUGAGGCUUGUAAGUUUAUUGCGUAAUGUUGCCAGUUUUUUUAAUUAAAUUUUAUUGAUGAA